AGCCUUUACAUGGCAAACCUCAAAGCAACCAAACGACCAAGAAGCCGAGCAAGCAGAGGAAGCAAGGAGGAGGAGGUAGCUUGCCUUGGAGAGGAGAGGCGAAGUGGCUGCAGCAAUGGCGACGGACCUGGGGUUCGAGGAGACCGAGCUCCGGCUCGGCCUGCCCGGCGGCGGGGGAGAGGGCGAGGCGAGGAGCUCCUCCGGCAAGAGGGGUUUCGCCGAGACCAUCGACCUCAAGCUGAAGCUGGAGCCGGCCGUCGUGAAGGAGGAGGAGGUGGCCGCCGAGGAGGGCGCGGCCGCGGCGACGGAGGAGUCGCCGGCACCCGGGAAGAUGAAGAGGUCGCCCAGCCAGAGCAGCGUCGUCACCGCCGCCGCGGCGCAGCCCGACCCCGCCGAGAAGCCGCGCGCGCCCAAGGCGCAGGUGGUUGGAUGGCCGCCGGUGCGGUCGUUCCGGAAGAACAUCAUGUCCGUGCAGGCCGAGAAGGGCGCCGGCAGCAAGGACGUCGACGGCGACAAGUCGUCGUCGGCCGGUGGCGGCGCCGCGUUCGUGAAGGUGAGCAUGGACGGCGCGCCGUACCUGCGCAAGGUGGACCUCAACACGUACAAGAGCUACCAGGAGCUGUCCAAGGCGCUCGAGAAGAUGUUCAGCUCCUUCACCAUUGGAAGCUGUGGGUCUCAAGGGAUGAACGGCAUGAAUGAGAGCAAGCUGGUGGACCUUCUGAACGGCUCCGAGUACGUGCCGACCUACGAGGACAAGGACGGCGACUGGAUGCUCGUCGGCGAUGUCCCAUGGGAGAUGUUUGUCGAGUCGUGCAAGCGCCUUCGGAUCAUGAAAGGAUCAGAAGCCAUUGGCCUCGCACCAAGGGCCAUGGAGAAAUGCAAGAACAGAAGCUGAUGAGAAGAACUAUGGACACAUGCAUCUGAGCAACAUGGGUCUCAUCAGAUGCAUGCAAGACCCAGUCCAGUCUCUAUAGCUUUGCAGCUUUGCUCGUCUCUGUAUCAUACUACUCCCUGUUCUCCAAGCCUGUACCUCCUGAUCAGUGAAGUCAUUUUGGUGUGUCUGAGUCAGCUGUUCUAUCGUCUGUUCCAGUGAGUCAGUGAAGUCAGUCCAGUGUUCAAGUCUCAUCUUGUCAUAUACUACAAAAGAGAGAAGCCAUGGACAUGUACCUGUCCCAUAACAAUGUCUUUUUGCUCUGCCUGUUCUUUUUUUACUCUUCGUGGCACAAAAUGCAAAGGCACCCUGCUCCUAAUCAAGGGGCCUUGGUGCAUUUUGUCCAUCAAAAAGUUGUUUAAUUAUUACCAUGGUGUCUCAAUGGAACAAAUAAUUAAGAUAAUUGCAAGGUGUUAAACUGUAUUGUAUAUAUAAGCCUAUCUUUUAUUUAUUUA